AUGACUGAGGAAUGCAUCAGUAAUUGUACAGAGGACAAAACAAGCAAAAUCGACGAGAAACAAGAAAACAAGCUUAGUUGUUUCUCUGAUUACCAACACAGAGCUGAGACAUUCAUGCUUGAAAAUAAAGAGGACCUUUCGGCUUUCACUUCCCCCCCAACAAGCGAUGCAGUUGUGCCAAGUCCUCAUAAAUUACACCAUUUACAAAAUGCUGACAGCAACCCCACAGCCCUAAACGCUACUGACAGAUUUUCCCCUGUGCCAUCUGCCUUAACUCUCAACGACCGUGUGCCGGGGGGCUUUGACACUUUCGAAAAGAUCCAGCUCUCACUUGAAUAUGAGGAUGGCCUGAGCAACAGCCCUCUCCUUACAAGCCUAGACGGGCAGCAACAACUUCAACACUCUAUGCCAGAGGCAGAGAGCAAUGAGCAGGAGGAGGUACCAGAAGAGGAGGAGAAGGAGAUGGAUGUAUUUGAAUGUCACACUGAGAACAUGGCAAAGGGAUUUUUAAGUCAAGAUACCAGUUAUAAUCAAUUCCCAAAAUGUAUCCCAGCAUCAUCAGCCCAUGUCAUUGCUAUUGGUCGUCCAGAGCAACAGCCUAACUGUGAAUCAUCCUUGAAUUCCUUUGAGUGCUUCGGGGUUGAGCUAGACUCACGAUCAACGCCCUUCCCUGUUCCCUCCAAGAGCGACAGUCUAGCCUCCGAUGUGAACGACGAAAAGUUUGAGAUGAAAAAACAGUUUGACAUGGUGUUGCGAGAGUUGAACUUGUAUUUUGAAAUCAGUCUGGGUGAUUUGGCGAGUGAGAGCAGAGCAUCAUCACCUGAGCAGGUUAUAGAUAUAACUGAAGCCCUGAAGGAUGACACUUCAAUCUGCAAAGAAGAACAUCUCAGAAGCCCAGAAGGAGGAAGCUAUAGAGACACAUCAUCAGAUGAUGCGGAUGAAGCCGGCAGCCUGGAGAUGUGUGGAGGUGAUGCAGUGGUUUCUCGUCCCUCUGGCCCCUGGGGCGGGGAGCAGGAGGUGCCCCUCGGCAGCCACCUGGGCCAGGAAACAUCCAUGCGCCCUGCAGAGAAACAGAAAGACACCCGGGAGAUGGAGCAGAAAAAGAUAAUGUGGUCCCCGUCCUUCGGGUGUCAGCCGCUCGUGGAUCAACUGAGCCACACCUCAGUAGCGUGUGGAAGAACCAAACACAGCCACAACAGCCUCUCCUCCUCAUGCUGUCACCAGCCUGCUCACACACUGCUGUGGGAUGGCAUCCCAUUCUUCAACCAGCAUUUGUCCCAGGCAGAAUCUGGACUCAUCGCUGAACAUCAUGUUCCUCCACAUGUUGAGGUUCCAGUGCAUGUGGGCCUGACGGUGAAGGGCAGUCAUGGCCGGCUCCUGGCAGCUGUACGAGACCGGAGAGUGGCUGCCGUUUGGCAUUGGCAGAGGAGAUGUGUCACAUUUGUUCUCACAAAUGUGACACCAUUAGGAAAGGUGCUGCUGCCACAAAACAAGGAACACAUCGCUGCUGGUACUGUGGAGGAUUAUGAAAGUUAG